UGUUGUUGACACUGCACCGACACUACAGUAUCCACUGCUUUCGUGCACGAGCACACUAUUCUGAGCGUCUGCCCCACGAACCAGUGUUGCCUGCAGCCCUCUCCGAACGGCCAUCGCUUGCGCAACGCUCCUCCUUCCCAUCCUGGGGCGAUCAUACCGCGCGCCCGCGGCCCUGCGAAUCGUUAGCCACCGCAAAAGAAAGUCACGCCUCGUCUUCCGAAAACACAUCGGCGAAUCAAAUCAAUGUCAACCCGGUCUCCCGCUGGAGUAGCUCUCAGGCGGUGAGACGCUGCAAAAUCGCAGACCGCGGAGGAGCGGUGCAGCUGUGUGUACAAAUGUGGCAGUGGUGGGCGGAAGCAUGUCGACGACCGACCGCAAUAAUCGCCCUCUAAAGCCAACCCUUGCCUCGACCAGAACGGGAGCCUCGCGGGCACCACUGACUCCGCGCGUUGCUGGCAGCGUCACGUCCACGACUCCCUCCACUACCAAACCAGCUGCGCCGCGAGUAGCAGGGCGGGGGCCGUUACUAUCGCCGCGAGUACGACCACAGGAGACGCCGGCAAAAGACACAUCAGGGGCUAGCAAUGUCACGCCUCGAUCUUCGACGCGGACGUCACGGAUUGGUGUGAGCAGCGGGCGUAGUUCUCCAGCGAUAGACGAUACUCCCAGCGACACAAGACCACGCACCGGGCUGGCACCGGGAGAUGCGUUGACGAACAGGAGCUAUGGCGGCGGAUCAGGCGUGGGAUCGAGCGCGGGCGUGUCGAGCGGGUCACGAACGAGCAGACCGAAUAGUAUUGUGAGCGAGAUAAAGCCCAAAGUCGGGCGAUCUCCGCCUCUUUCGCGGUCGCCAGAUAUUGGACAUUCCGGCGCAAGUGACAGCUUCGAGAACCGCUUCUUCCACGCAAGCGAUGUGAAGAAACAAGAACCUGUAGCGAAAAAGCCAGAACCGAAGAAACCACCUACCUUCUUCUAUGCGGAUGGACAUGAGGAUGGCACGAGGGUUCCUAUCAAGCCCACCUCUCCGCGACUCGCCGCUGCUGAAGAGAAGCGAUGUCCUGGAGGACCGACCAAGAUGGAGCUGAAUUCUGUGAAAAGCCCUCCAAUGCUCUCACCUGCUUUCAACCAAUCGUCCGCCAACGUGUCGUACUUCCCUCCCACAGUGCCUCUCAGUCCGCUUCGGUCGCCCUCACCUAGCAAGGAGAACAUCCACCUUUCUUACAGGAAAGGUGCAUCACAAAUUUUCGGCAUGCGCCCGCAGCCGAGAACCACGCCCUCUGUACAUGACUUGAUAGCGCGGCCAGAGAUGCAAGAAACACGGCGACCAAGUAGAACCUUGACGCACCGCAAGUCAUCAAGCUUGUCGUCAAUGACUUCUGGUACCGACCAGGUACGAAGGCGAUCGUACACAGCGCUGGACGACACUAUUCCGAGCUCUCCGCUCUCGCACGAGACGUCCCAGAUGACCAGUCCACCCGUCAACAUUCCCUCGAUUGAUACUUCUCUGGCUUCACCGAUGACAGUCGGUUCUCCGACGGACGCGGCACUGAGCCCUACCAAAACCAUCACCCAACUGGCGGCUGACGCACGGCGGGAACGCAAAGUCCUGGAUUUGGAAAUAUCAAAUAGCUCGUUACUGGCGAUCAACGCAAGUCUUGAGCGUGAACUGCGUAGGCAAAAAGCGGAGCUGAAACGCUUUCGACGACUGUCGCGCGCCGGCCGCUUGUCUUCGGCAACGCACAGCAUACCAAGGAGCUUAUCAGGUGACUUGGAGACGCUCGAUGAGGAUGAAGAUAUCGACGGCAUGCCACCGGGGUGGGACGAUGCAGAACUGAGUGACUCCGAGGAGGACAGCCUGGUCUCUGGAAGCGGGGGACGUUCGCCCAGCGCAUCGAGCGAGCGCCUGGCGAAAGACGAGAAGCGGUUGAAAGUGGACCUUGAACGCCACAGGGAGCUGCUAGUUCAAAGCCAGGCGAUGAACCAGAGCCUGAAGCGCUGCAUGUACGCAACGGAUGAGAUGAUCCGUGACGGCAAGAAGGCUUUGGAAUAUCACGUCCGAGUAUCUGACAUCAAGCUUGGAGGCCGCAUUCUGACUGGCGAAGAGGACGAAGAGGACCUCACGCAAGACAUUGUGGUCGAUGAUGACGAGUUCAGCGGUGCUCCUGACGACGGCAUGGAAAAUGCCAAGGGUUUACUCGAUGUUUGGCGCGGAGUCGGUCGAUCAGCUUUUGAGGGAAGUGAGGGCGAUCGCGACUCUGGAAUUGAAGUCGAUAAGCCGUAUGGCCUUGUUUCAGAACGACAUUCGAGUGCGACAGAUACAACUACAGAUUCUGGGAGGCCACCGGAGCACGCGAGCUAGGAGCUGAUGCACUGCACCCAUCCGGCACAGCGGGCCAUUUGCACGAAGCCCAGGCCACGAAAGACUUUCCCACACCACACCAAUCCUGUUCGAACAUUUGGCGAGGAGCGAUCCAAUUGGCUUCGAUCGAGGUCCACCAUACCUCGAGAGUGGCAGCACUCCAUCCUUCGUUGAAGGCCACUAUAACCGAGCCGCUAGCGCUGCAAAGCGCUGACGGGUGCCUGGAUCGGACAUUUACGACGAGAAAUUGGCGCAGCAUUGACAUCACGACUGGAGAUGCCCUUGCAGCGCACUGUACUGUACCUGCAGAAUGCAGAUGAACCUUGAGCUUGUCCCUUUUAUACAUGAAUGCGAGAUACCCGACCAUGUCACAGCUUCGAUUCCUUUUGUUCGAAGACCGUUCAAGGCGUUUGAAGGAAGAUAGCGAUUGCAAGAAAGAUACCCAUGCCGAUUGUGCAAGUAGUUCUGGACAUACUCCACUCGAAUCAGACUAUCGUUAACAAUC